UUGUGGGCGGAGGGGGCAGGCGGCGGGUCCUGGCGGCGGCGCGCCAUGGCUAAGACCGUGGCCUAUUUCUAUGACCCGGACGUGGGCAACUUCCAUUACGGGGCAGGACAUCCCAUGAAGCCUCAUCGCUUGGCACUGACCCACAGUCUGGUGCUUCACUAUGGGCUCUACAAGAAGAUGAGCGUUUUUAAACCAUACCAGGCAUCCCAGCAUGAUAUGUGUCGCUUCCACUCGGAGGAUUAUAUAGACUUCCUGCAGAGGGUGAGUCCCAACAACAUGCAAGGAUUCACCAAGAGCCUCAAUGCCUUCAAUGUGGGUGAUGACUGCCCAGUGUUCCCAGGCCUUUUCGAAUUUUGCUCUCGCUAUACUGGGGCCUCACUGCAGGGAGCAACACAACUGAACAACAAGAUCUGUGAUAUUGCAAUAAACUGGGCUGGAGGCCUGCAUCAUGCCAAGAAGUUUGAGGCUUCUGGGUUUUGUUACGUCAAUGACAUAGUUAUCGGCAUUCUGGAGCUGCUCAAGUAUCACCCACGUGUUCUCUACAUUGACAUUGAUAUUCAUCAUGGAGAUGGUGUUCAGGAGGCCUUUUACUUGACAGACCGUGUCAUGACAGUAUCUUUUCACAAAUAUGGGAACUACUUCUUCCCUGGUACAGGUGACAUGUACGAGGUUGGGGCAGAGAGUGGCCGCUAUUACUGCCUCAAUGUGCCACUGCGGGAUGGCAUUGAUGACCAAAGUUAUAAACACCUCUUCCAGCCAGUCAUUAACCAGGUGGUGGACUACUACCAGCCUACAUGCAUAGUGCUGCAGUGCGGUGCUGACUCCCUGGGUUGUGACCGUCUGGGUUGCUUUAACCUCAGUAUAAGAGGACAUGGGGAGUGUGUGGAGUACGUAAAGAGUUUCAACAUCCCCCUUCUGGUGCUGGGAGGAGGUGGCUAUACUGUUCGUAAUGUGGCACGAUGCUGGACCUAUGAAACGUCGCUGCUUGUGGAUGAAGCAAUUAGUGAGGAACUCCCAUACAGUGAAUACUUCGAGUACUUUGCUCCAGACUUCACCCUCCACCCAGAUGUCAGUACAAGAAUUGAGAACCAGAACUCUAGACAGUACUUGGAUCAAAUCAGACAGACAAUAUUUGAAAAUCUGAAAAUGCUGAACCAUGCUCCCAGUGUCCAGAUCCAUGAUGUUCCUUCUGACCUGCUCAGUUAUGACCGUGCAGACGAGCCUGAUCCAGAGGAGAGAGGCUCUGAGGAGAACUACAACAGGCCUGAGGCUUCUAAUGAGUUCUAUGAUGGUGACCACGAUAAUGAUAAAGAAAGUGAUGUCGAGAUCUGAGGGCUGAGUUGUUGGACUCUGAACUGUGGGGCGGUCCCUAUUAAGACGUUGGUGCUUGGUGGAGAUGACUGGGAUACACAUGAGCCAGUAAAAGGUCUCUUUUUGGACCUCCCCUUUAUAUUUGACGCAUGUGGCAGCAGGAGCAGCAUUGCUGGGGCAGGCUGGCUACCUAUGGAGGCACAGAGCAGUGAAACCUGUUUCUUACCCUCUCCAAUCCCUCAGGGCUCUGACUCUCAUCAGUAGGGCAAAUAGAAAUUCAUGUGACACUUGGAUCCACACUAUGGUCUCUGUGCUGCUGCCAUACAACCAGUUUCAGAGCCCAGUCUGCAGUGGCUUCACCAGCUCCUCUCAGUACAGCUCAGGCUCCAGCCAGAGAGAUGGGAGUCAGUGCUGCAACGCCUAGAAUCUCCCCAUCCCCUUCAUCAGCACCACUCAAUGUGUCCUUGGCCAUCUGCUCAGGCAAAAGUCCACUGAAACCUGCAGUGAGGUACACUUCCUGCCAGCUUUUCCAGCCAUCCUAAGUUCCUGUGUUUGGAGAGGCAAGACCAGUUCUGGGGUUGAGACUGGGAGAAGGGGUGAGACUGGACAGUUCUGGGUCCAACCUGGUGGAGCAGGGAGGGGAGAAUGUAUUCAGAGUGUAGCCUUUGUCUUACUCUGGAGUAGCUUCGUUCUGUAUCUGCUAACAAGAACCACAGCUAUUUGCCAUAUUUGGUUUUGUCCCAAACUCCCUAUCUAGAUCUUUACCUGGGGCUCAAAUUACUUUGGAGCAGAGGGUGCAGGGGUUGGUUGCAGGGGGCUGUGCCAUACCUGGUGUGGUGCAUUCCCACUUCCAUUGUAACCUCCAGACACCUUUCCCUCCCCUAGCCCAGGCUCUUUUACACAUCCAUAGAGAAUUUGGGGUGAAUCACAUACCCUAAGUGGAAGACCUUUUCCCUCACUGACAACCCGGAAGAAUUCAUUCUGUUCUGUGGUGUGGGAAGUGGCGCCUGAAGUUGAAAAGAUGAACUUUUGUAUUCCUACCACAGUGUAGAGACCUUUCUCCUAGAGCCCCCCUCAAUCCCAAAUGCUCAGUCUGAGCCUGGGGGCUCGUGCUAUCCGUUUUUGGAGAAUUUUGUCUUAGCUGGGGAGAUGGAAUGGGCAUCAGCCUCCUGCUCUCUGUUCUUUUCUGUUUGUUUUACCAAGGUUUUUAAACAAUAAACCAAGAUGGUAUUUUUCUUAAGUGA